GCCAUAGACGAACUGGGAACAUGAGAGGUGCCACGGAACCUCCUCGGGCGCAGCCCCCUUACGUGUCCCCGCGGCGGGGCCCGGAGCUCUCUCAGUGAUUGGCUGCAGGCUGCGACAGCGGCGGCGUCCUCGAAGGCAGCCUAGGCUCCCGGUCGCUCCCUCUCGGGCCCGGGGCGGGGGAGGCACUGCCUCGGACCUGGGGGAGGGAACGACCCUCCUCUCCUCUCCCUCACUCCCUCCCUCCCCCGCCGUGCAGGUGCGCGUGAGGGAUUCGGGAGGGUGCGUGCCCCCGCCCCGCGCGCCCCCGUCCCGUGGCCCCUAGCUUGCCCCUUGGCCCACGUGCUGGGUGUCAUCUCCCCCUGAGGCAGCCCCGGCGCCAUGUGGAGCAGCCGGAGUUCCUUCACCAGCCUCAUCGUCGGGGUGUUCGUGGUGUAUGUGGUGCACACCUGCUGGGUGAUGUACGGGAUCGUUUACACCCGGCCGUGCAGCGGGGACAGCAACUGCAUCCAACCGUACCUGGCGCGGAGGCCUAAGCUGCAGCUGAGUGUAUACACCACUACAAGGUCCAAUCUUGGUGCUGAGAAUAAUAUAGAUCUGGUUUUGAAUGUGGAAGAUUUUGAUGUUGAGUCUAAAUUUGAAAGGACAGUCAAUGUAUCUGUGCCAAAGAAAACAAGAAAUAAUGGCACUUUAUAUGCUUAUAUAUUUCUUCACCAUGCUGGGAUCUUGCCUUGGCAUGAUGGUAAGCAGGUGCAUGUAGUCAGUCCUCUUACAACAUACAUGGUUCCCAAACCAGAAGAAAUCAAUCUUCUCACAGGAGAAUCCGCUACCCAGCAAAUUGAAGCAGAAAAGAAACCAACAAAUGCCCUAGAUGAGCCAGUUUCUCAUUGGAGAUCAAGGUUAACACUCAAUGUAAUGGUGGAUGAUUUUGUCUUUGAUGGAUCCUCUCUCCCAGCUGAUGUUCAUAGAUACAUGAAGAUGAUUCAAUUAGGAAAAACAGUACAUUACUUGCCCAUACUAUUUAUUGAUCAACUUAGCAACCGAGUAAAAGAUUUAAUGGUAAUAAAUCGUUCGACAACUGAACUACCUCUGACUGUGUCAUAUGACAAGAUAUCAUUAGGAAAACUCCGUUUUUGGAUUCACAUGCAAGAUGCUGUGUACUCCCUACAACAAUUUGGAUUCUCAGAAAAGGAUGCAGAUGAAGUAAAAGGAAUUUUUGUAGAUACCAACUUGUAUUUCUUAGCUUUGACUUUCUUUGUGGCAGCAUUUCAUCUUCUUUUUGAUUUUCUGGCCUUUAAAAAUGAUAUCAGCUUCUGGAAGAAAAAGAAGAAUAUGAUUGGAAUGUCUACUAAAGCAGUGCUCUGGCGAUGCUUCAGUACGGUGGUGAUAUUUCUUUUCCUUUUGGAUGAGCAGACAAGUUUAUUGGUGCUGAUUCCAGCAGGCAUUGGAGCAGUAAUAGAAUUAUGGAAAGUGAAAAAAGCAUUGAAAAUGACCGUUCAAUGGAAAGGCCUAAGACCCACAUUCCAGUUUGGAGCUUACAAUGAAUCUGAAAGGAAAACUGAGGAAUAUGAUACUCAGGCUAUGAAAUAUCUGUCUUAUUUACUCUAUCCUUUGUGUAUUGGAGGUGCAGCUUAUUCACUCCUAAAUGUCAAAUAUAAAAGCUGGUAUUCUUGGUUAAUCAACAGCUUUGUCAAUGGAGUAUAUGCCUUUGGCUUUCUCUUUAUGUUGCCCCAGCUGUUUGUGAAUUAUAAGAUGAAGUCUGUUGCACAUUUACCUUGGAAGGCAUUUACAUACAAAGCUUUUAAUACAUUCAUUGAUGAUAUCUUUGCGUUUAUUAUCACUAUGCCAACAUCACAUAGGCUGGCAUGUUUUCGGGAUGAUGUGGUAUUUCUUGUUUACCUUUACCAAAGAUGGCUUUAUCCUGUGGAUAAGAGCAGAGUUAAUGAGUAUGGAGAGUCUUAUGAAGAAAAACCCAAAAGAAAACCCCACAGAGAAUAAUCGUUGAAAUAAUCCUAGAAGAGGCCACUCUUGGGACUGCCACUGGCUAUGUGUGUUGAAUUUUUGUUUUUCUUCUUUAAGCAAAGAGUAAAGUUUUGAUUGUCAAGUAACUGAGUAUUUUUGGAAGCGUCUCAUGGAUUUUCAUGGACAUCUACAUCUUCUGCAUUGCCAAAAUAUUUGAAUGUUUCUCAUAGAUCUCAUGAUUUACUUAUUUAUCUUUGGAAAGAAGGCUGCCAAUAUUUAUACCAGCUCUCAGUCACUGCAAAGCACUUAGAACUUUAUUUUCCAUACAAAUUUAAAUACCAAUCUGAAUCUCAAGCUUUUUAAUGUUUAUCUUGUCACACUUGAUGGUGUAUGAUGGAUUUUGGCUUUGGAGUACCAACUGCUGAAGCAGCACCCUGUGCCAGUGACUUAACAGAUAUUAACAUCAAACAGGCCAGAUACUGUGAAAUUCUAGCAGGGAUAAGUAGCAUUUCGGUAGGUUAAAUUAUGUCAGAACUUCCAUUAUAAUCAGAGGUUUUAAAAUUAUUUUUAUUUUAGAUUUGAAUUUUCACCUUACAUAAAUUCCAGAUAUCUCUAUGAAAUCAUUCCAUAGUGACACUUGGGAUCAAAUAGCUUUUUCCCCCAUUUGAAUUAUAUUUCAGUUGUAUUAAAGCUGAGUGUAUGUGUGCGUUUUUAAAUGAAUUUUACUGGCUAUUUUACUUUUCUUGACUUGUUAAAAGAAGAGUAUCAUUCAGACAAUUAAAGCUUCACUUUUCUCAAGAAAUUAACAAAUAAUAUAUAUUUAUUGUUGUGAUUUUUUUUUAAAGGUUUCGUUUCAGAAAAUUGAAAAUAAUUAUAUAUGUCCCACAAAGUUCCCAUUCAGUUUUCCAUUCAUUUAUGUUUUUAGGUUACUAAAAUAAAGUUUUCUGUCCUGAAAUAUGUGCUUAUUUAAAGUCAUAAAGUAUCAUAUGCAUGCAUUAUUUUUCACUUGCGUAAAAUUUUGUCAGGAGAUCCUGAAUUCUAGCCCUCCCAUUGCCACAAACUAGCUAUGUGACAUAAGGCAAAUCAUUUAACCUCUCUAAGCCUCAAUUUCUUCAUUGAUAAAGUAAAGGUGUUGAACAAGAUGAAUCUCUAAGGUCCCUCCCAGCUGCAAUACGACUAGCAUUUUCAUAAUUUUCUUAAAACAUUACAAAGAAUCCUCAAUGUUAAAAAAAAAAAAUACCCUUCUUUUACAAGGGAGGGCAAGAGUCAAUGAAAGAAGUUCACUCUGAUCAGUGUCCUUGAGGAGCUCUCUUCAAAAUGUGCCUUUAUCAAUAUCUGUGUGUGUAUGAAUAAUUGAGGUUCCUGGCACAUGUUUUCAGAAAUCUCAAUACAAAGUGCAUGGGAGGUUCAGCCUUAAAUUCCUUUUUUGUUGUUGUUCAAUCUGGUCCCUUAAUACUAGGUUCAAGUGGACAGUUUUUAAACUCUGACUUGUAUAGGAGUGCAUCGUGAACAAUCACUGACUACUUCUAAUUCCAUUAAUUUUGAUGGAAGAGAUGAACACCAUUUCUAAGUCAUUGUUUUGAAGCAAAUCACAGUUUUGUCACUAUGCAAAAAUCUACUUACAACAUUCUUAAUUUCCCCACACCUAUUUGUAGAGUGGGAAUGCUAUAUGGAUAUUUAAUUUAAAACUUGGAAGCAAAUUCACUUACUAGUUCAAAGUAUCAGCAGAUUUCCAGUAAGGAGAUGCAAAUUUUACCUGGAUUUAAAAAGAAAAAUCACUUUGGUCAUAAGUUGACUUUUUUCAAAUUCUGUAUUGAAAAAUAAAUGUGAAAAUAGAUUGUUGAUUCACAAAUGAUUAUUUCAGAUAAUCAACUUACAUUUAUAUAGUGCCUUUCUAUUUAAUGCACUCAAGGCGCUUUAUAAGCUUCAGAUUACCCAAUGGGUAAUUUACCUUUCCCCAUAGCCCACAGUUUCUGCAGUUUGCUUUUUGCUUGAAUUUUUAUUUAUUUUACUCUAAUGAAUUCUGUCUUAGAGACAGAAUUAAUUUUCCACUAUACUUUGAUAUGCCAGUAAUUAAGAUAUUUUCAGUCAGGAGAAAUACCAUUUUAAUGUUUACAGAAAGCCUUGUAAGUGGAUGCAUUAUCUGGACAUAUUUGGCUUAUUGAGAAUUUUUUUUAAUCAUGUGCCAACACUGGAAGUUUGCACUCUUAAUUCUUUUAAUUUACUUUUAAAUCCUUAAAGAGAUAAGUGUGUUGUUUUAAAAGACAUCCUUAAGAAAAUUAACUUUGUGCACUUGUCCUGACAAAUAUAAAAAGGAAAGAAAAUCACAUUACUUUGUGGCAUUGUCAUUUAGGGUUAGAAACCAGCAGAAUGGUAUUUUUAGAAAGACUACAUAAGAAAUCCAGAUUCAUGUUGCUAAAACUUUUGUUUUUACAUAUAUAUAUUUCAGUUUCAAUUUUUAAUAUCCACUAGAUUGUUUUUUUUAUCUAAGAUUGAUGUAAUUGCUAUUAACAGGUGCUGUGUUGUUUCUGCCAUCAAAUCUACUGCUCAGUUUUGUUGGUUUUUCAAAACUGACACAUAAUCUAGAUAAAUAAUCAUAAAGGUAUUAUUAUAGUUAAACCAUGACCUAACUUUACAAAAGCGUAUGGAAUGAUCUUGUUUUUUAAAAGUCUUCAUAUGGGAAUUCCCUAAAGUGACAAAAAUGAAUUCCCCAGUGAAUUAAAAUUGGCUUUUCAGGGACAGAUUCUCUUACAGUUGUUUUAUUUCUGAAUUUAGAAGACUUACAAUAUUCAUUUUAAGUGAUCUGUCAAUGAGUCUUCAGUACCCAUUUGUUUUUAUGUGUUUUUUUUUUUUUUUAAUCAGAUUGUAAAUGAAAUGUGAUGAUUCAGCAUGUGGAACUUUUUUCUGUGACUGCUAAGAUUACAUUAUAUUUUAAAGAAGUGUGUAAUCAGUAAGUUACAGGUUGUUUCUUAAAGUAAUUAGCCAUUGUAAGGCUUUGAAUGAAUUAGUUAUUUAUGCUGUGUUCCAUGUGCUAAUAAAUUAUUUAUGUAAGGUAA